UUUCCAAUAAAUUUGGGUAUUACUAUUGAAAUGUGUGCUGGCAUUGUGGAUAAAAAUAAGUCAAGAGGCGAAAUUGCCCGUGAAGAGAUAUUGGAGGAGGAUCUUGAAGAAGUUGAUCUACAGGUACAGGAAGUCUUACAGGUAAAAUCAUAUAGAUCUGGGGUGGGUACGCAAGGCUCUAAACAGAUUAUGUAUUAUUGUGAAGUGACUGACGAUCAGAAAAAGUUUCUUGGCGGUGGAACUGUGGAUGAGAUAAUUGAUGUAGUCGAAUAUUCUGUGGAGGAAGCUCGUGAGAUGGUAAAUUGA